GGGGGCGGGGCCAGCGGAGGGAGCGCGCGCGUCCUCCGGCUGUCCGGCGCGGAAAGCAAAGCGGCGUGUCCCCCCCCCCCCACCCCCACCCCCACCCCGCGCGAGGGUCCCGGAGCGCCGCGAGGCCCCUUCCCGGCGGAGGAUUCGCCAGUAGCCGUGCGGACCCUCCAUCGGCGGGGCGGCGGCUUCCCGCAGACUCCGUGGCCGUCGCUCACUGGGGGCCUUCGGGGGGCUGCACUAGAAGACCCCCGAGGCCCCCUCCGGCCGCGUUCGAGGGAAGCGGCGCUCUCCGCCCGGGCACCUCCGGGGGCAGCGCGGGAGCCGAGUCAGGGGACGGGAGGGGCGAGCCGGCGGACGGCCACUCCCAGGGCCCGGCGAGCGAGCAGGCCGGCAGCGGCGCGGUUGCCUAGCGACGGUGGGCCAUGGCGGCGGCCGGGGAGCCCUCGGGGGAGCAGCCGGCCCGGCCUCGCAGCGCCGCCCCCCUCCUGGCCCGCGAGGAGGAGUACAGGCGGCUGAACGCGGCGCUGGAGGCGAAGGCGGCGGCGGUGAUGCGCCAGGCGGAGGAGCUGAUGAGGGACCGACGGGAGGCCCUGGCCAGGCCCGUCUCGGCCCGCGGGGACGCGCCGGAGGAGGAGGCGGCGGCGGCCAAGGAGAGGGAUAUAAAUUCUCCUGAACCAGCGGUUUCUUUUGCACAGAACAAGGUACCGGAACAGAAUUUCCCUUUUACACAGCUUCCCAAGAAGAAAGCCAGCACUGCACCUACAAUUCGAAACCGGCCACUGACUGGAAGAAAAGGGAAAAGGCCUCUCUUAAGUACAAAAUCAAGAUUACAGGUUGACCCAAGCAAUACCGAUGUUGCUGCUCCAGGAUGCUCCCUGACAAAACUAAUUGGGAAAAUUGAAGGACAGCUGGAAGAAGGAAACCUGCCUGAUCUGGAAGAUAAUCUUAUCCCAAGUACAGGGUGUGAACUUGGAGCAGAGGCCCAGAUCCGGUUCCUAAAGGCAAAGCUGCGUGUGAUGCAAGAGGAGCUGGACGCCGUUGGGCAAGAAUGCAGCAAGAAGGAAGGAGAGAAUGAAAAUUUGAGCAGCCGUCUUAAGGAGAUUGAAGAAGAACGUGGCCGGCUGCAACGUGCAGCCAGCCUUCACCAGUCCCAGGCAGAAAAGUACAAACUGCUAUCAGAGGAAGCCUCCCGAAAAAGCGAGGCUCUGCAGCAGAAACUCUCCACGCUGGAAAAGGAACUGGAGAAUCUGAAGCGAGCACAAAAACAAGCUGCGGCAACCCAGAGCACGACGGACAUUCGCUUGAACCGAGCUCUUGAGGAAGCUGAGAAAUACAAAAUGGAGCUGAAUAAACUCAAGCAAAGUAACAAGGAUGUGGUCAACCAAGAGCAUAAAAAGCUUGAAGAACUAAAAAUUGAAAAUAAGAGACUGGAGAAACAAAAAGAGGAGCUAGUGGCAGGUUUCAAGAAGCAAUUAAAACUUAUCGACAUUUUAAAAAGACAAAAGAUGCACAUUGAAUCUGCCAAGAUGCUCUCUUUUACUGAAGAGGAAUUUAUGAAGGCUCUGGAGUGGGGCAACUCUUAAUUCAAUACACAGCAUCCCCCCUCUACAGAAGAGUGAAAUUGAACCACACCUUUUUCGGGGGGGGGGGGGCGGGGGAGGCACAGUAUAUGCUUUACGCUAUUGGCUUCUUCCCACCAAUGUUUUUGCUAAUAGCUCUUUUCUCAUUCUCCAUCACUUAGGGUUAAUCUAACUCUUUGCCAACUCUUUUAAUUGAUAGCUGUCAUUAAACUUCUAGAC